UUCUUGCCUAGCUGUUAUGCCGCUCUGCAUCGAUAAGCGUGCCUGUCAUACAGCGCACUUGAAUGCGUGCGAUACGUUACUGGUAGCCAACAGAAAUGGGACAAAAUAGGAUGAAUGUUAUUUUUGUUCAGUAUGGGAAACCGUGAUAUUAUGCGAGGUGAAAGGUUAAACGGGCUCGUUUAAUUUAGAGAUUAUUUAUUGAAUGGGAGUGUUAUUUGCAGGCUGCUCGGGCUAACCGGAUACCUUCGCUGUCUGAUUGCAGCGCGCGCUGUGAUGGUCAUGGUGUUAAUGAUGGAAUCGCAAUGCGAGUACUUUAUGUAUUUUCCGGCCGUCCCCAUCUCAGACCUGUCGGACCCGGCCAAAUACCGCACGCUCCCGCGUCGCAGUCACCUUUAUCUCGGGGAAACCGUGCGCUUUCUGCUGGUUUUGCGCUCUCAGAGCGUCGCCUCGGUGUCCGGGUCGACCUGCACUGCGGCAGCGGAUGGCAGCGGCUCGGAGCAUCACAGCAGUCGCUCUUGGAGGGAGCUUGCCGGCUCUCUCUGCGCCGUGGCCAGCGUUAGCCCUGGUGACAACCGACAGCGGACACAGCCUCUGUAUCACGACUACCACAGCAGCGGGGACGAGUGUGUGGAGGACACGGACGAUGAUGAUGCUGCGGAGGUGGGCUGCGCAGGUAACGUUAGAGGGGGCCCGAGGUACCGGGGCUUCAGGGAAUGCAAGCCGCUCCUCAUUCACAACAACCCCGGCAACGGCGUGAGGGAAUUCCGCAAGGCUCCUGUACAGUCUCCUGUGGAUGAGCCAGUUGUUUUAAGCGAUGAGGUCAUCUUCCCCCUGACUGUGUCACUGGAUAAGCUCCCUGUCAACACUCUCAAAGUGAAGAUAAUUGUAACUGUGUGGAAGCAAGAAGAGGAGAAAGCUGAGAUCCAGGAGCAUGGCUACCUCAGCAUCCUCCAACAAAAGAGCCCCUGCCAAACAUUUCGCCAGGAUCUAAACACCUUCAAAGCACAGGUCAGCACCACACUUAGUGUCCUGCCCCCUCCGACUGUAAAGUGUCAACAGAUGACAGUCUCAGGGAGACACUUGACUGUCCUCAAAGUGUUAAAUGCAAGUUCUCAAGAGGAAGUGUGUGUACGUGACAUCAAGAUCUUUCCCAACUUCAAUUCUUCGUACUUACCAAUGAUGCCAGAUGGCUCUGUACUGCUGGUGGACAAUGUUUGUCAUCAGUCAGGAGAAGUUGCCAUGGCAUCAUUUUACAGAAUGGACAGUGAGUCCAGUCACCUUCCCAGCAUGCUCAGUGCUCUAGAGGAGCAAAACUUUCUCUUCCAGCUGCAGCUCAAUAACCAGCCACAAGAUGAAUCAACUGAGGGACUAGAGGUGCCAUUAGUUGCAGUCUUACAGUGGUCCACUUCUAAAUUGCCCUUCACCAACUCUAUCUACACUCACUAUAGUCUCCCUAGUGUGAGACUGGACCGGCCGCGCUUCAUUAUGACAGCUAGCUGCCCCAGUGCGGUCAAGGCUCACGAACAUUUCCGGGUGAGAUAUACCCUCCUCAACAACUUGCAGGACUUUCUGGCAGUCCGUCUAGUCUGGACUCCUGAAGGUCGUGGACAGAAAGAGGAUCCUGCAGUCAAUGCAGUGGUGUGUCAUUCUCCUCUCAGUAACCUGGGUUACUGUCGAAAAGGCAGUACCCUUUCCGUCAGUGUAGCUUUCCAGAUACUCCAAGCAGGUCUUUUUGAGUUGAGUCAGCACAUGAAACUGAAGUUACAGUUCACAGCGUCCGUGUCCAACCCUCCCCCUGAUGCCCGUCCGUUGUCCCGCAAGAACAGUCCGUCCAGUCCAGCGGUUAGAGAUAUUCUGGACCGACAUCAGGCCAGUCUCAGUCUGGGCCGCUCUCAGUCCUUUUCUCACCAGCAGCCAUCCAAGUUUCACCUCACAAGGACAGGCAGUGUUAUGGAGCGCAGGGCCAUCACCCCUCCUGUGGGCUCUCCUGUUGGACGGCCGCUGUACCUCCCUCCAGACAGGAACAUCUUGUCACUUGACAAAAUUGCCAAGCGUGAGUGCAAGGUGCUGGUACUGGAUUCACACACCUAAAUGCACACACACAAACACAGACACACACACACACACACACACACACACACACACACACACACACAGUGGAGAGGAAGUAAGAAUAUUUUUGAACUUUGAGAAAGAGCCACGUGUCAUCGAAGCAGUGUAAAGUGGUCUGUAAGUUUCAGUUCAAUAUGUGUUUUUCUUUUCGUUUUAUCAGCAUUCAUUGUAUAAAUGCUGUACAGUUAUGAUUAUUUGAAAAUAAUUUCAAUGCAGUUUACAUGCAGCUACUGUUUUGACAAUUUCGACAGAAGGAAUGAAAAGAAAGCAUAAACACAGGGAUUUAUUGUUUAUUCAUUUGACUGGAGUCGUGAAGUUCUGAAACUUGUGUUACAUACAAGUUAAAAUAUUGUUCUGAUGGCUGUUUAAAGGGAAGAUGGAUGGUUAUGGUUGGUCAUAACCCAGACCCACAUGGAAUCUGUGUGCUCAGAAAUCUUUCUGAAGAAACUGAUCCUCCAUAGGACAUGCAUGCUUGUUUAUUUAAUCGUUUUGCCAAUGUUUUCAGACACAAAUAACUCUAGCACUUUAUUAAACACAUUGUGUUUGCUUAAAUCUAUUCUGUAGAUUUUUCUUCCAAAAUCAGUGCAAAGAAUGGAGAAUUCAUCAGAUUUCCAUCUGGGCCUGGUCAUAUCCACUGUAAAAGCACGUCACAUACAAAUUCAUGUUUUUCUUUGUUUACUACUUAAUAUUAGAUAUAUUUUUUAAAAUGUCUUUACAUUUUUUUGGUCAGUACUGCCAACAUUUCCCUGCCCAUAUUUAAUUCCUCUUUUUAAAAGUGCUUUUAUUGUUUUCCUUAAUUACUUGAAAGAUGGUUUGCAAUGUUGUGUUUGUGAAGGCUUCUUUAUUUUUCGGUCCUGUACACUGGAAUGGUUUUGGUCUGGGAUUUAUUGCACCCUUCAGUGUAACUGUAGUGCCGCCCUCCAUAUCGCUGAUAUUUCUUACGCAAUAGUUAUGUUUGUUGUUAAAUUUGUAUUUAUUUUAUUCAUCAGAUUUUUUCACAGUUGUAAUGUUAACAGUACACUCCAGUUAAUCAAGUUUAAUCAAUGUGGUUACACACAACCUAUUAAUAUCAAAUCAAUCACUUCUGGUUCCUGAAGGUGGAGCUUGUGUUAUUGGCAGAUGCCAUUUGAUUUCUGCUCUCCCUUCAUGGUUUUGGAAAUAUGUGCACAUCCCCUCAGACUGUAGUGAUAAUCAAUAAUCAACUAGCAUGAAGCUUCAACCCAUUGUGCCAUUUAAUGGGGUGUACGAUUGAUUUCUUUUAUGAAUGUUUACAUUUCUGUGCACAUGUGAGGACUACUGAUUAAUCCUUGGGACUGAAGGUUUUAUAUUGUACCCAAUUAUAGGAAUCUUGAAUGUUUCAUUUUUUCAGACUGAAAUAUUUAGACAGACUUCUUAUUCUGCGGAAAUAUAACAAUUAUCCAAAACUGCUUUGUGGGUGUACAUAAUAUGUUUUAAUAGAAACACUGUGAUUUAUUUCAAUUUUACAAUUGAAUUGAAAUUUCCAUAUUUGCAUCUUGGCCAGUUUUCUUGUUUUGGACUAUUUAAGAAUUAUUUUACAUUGACAACUUGUGGAAAAAAAGUUGCUUGGCAUGAUUAGAUAAUUUAUGAACACAAAGAUUUGGAUCAUGUUUAUUUUUAUUUAUCUUUUCUUUAUUUAAAAUUUUAAACCUGUUUUUUGAAGGAGGAAGGAAUGUUCAAAGGACUGGUGGCUGGAUCUGAUGUUUUCCUGAACAGCUUGUAUCUUCAAAAACAUUUGGAUUCUUUAUUUUAUUUUUUUUCCUCUUGACAAGGCAAAUCACAGAACAAUGGAUAAUUGGCCAGUCUAACCACUGGAUUUACUCCGUCUUUAUAAAUAGCUUGAGGUUAGAAGUUAUACAAGAGG